UCCCGCCGCCAGUCAUCCCGGCUGCCUCCCGGCCCGGCCGGCACUUUCCUCUCAAGUUGCAGCGCAAGUUCGCCUGUGGCUGGCGGCAGGGAGGGCGCGCGGAGCCUCCUCGCCCACGGCCAGGCGGGGCUCCCCAAGUGCAUGGGCGCGGGCCGGGAGGGCCCGGGGGGCUGAGGAGCCGCGCAGCCCCCGCGCCCCGCACCAUGGAGGGCCCCGAGCCCCGCGCACGGCCCGAGCGCCUGGCCGAGGCCGAGGCGCGGACGGCCGACGGCGGGCGCCUGGUGGAGGUGCAGCUGAACGGCGGCGCCCCGUGGGGCUUCACCCUGAAGGGCGGCCGCGAGCACGGCGAGCCGCUGGUCAUCACCAAGAUUGAGGAGGGAAGCAAAGCCGCCGCGGUGGACAAGUUACUGGCCGGAGACGAGAUCGUGGGCAUCAACGACAUCGGACUCUCAGGGUUUCGGCAGGAAGCCAUUUGCCUGGUGAAGGGGUCCCAUAAGACCCUGAAGCUGGUGGUGAAAAGGAGGAAUGAGCUGAGCUGGCGGCCUCACUCCUGGCACGCCACCAAGUUCUCCGACAGCCACGCCGAGACGUCUGCCUGUCAGCUUCCCUCUGCCGGCGCCUGCCCUUCCUGGCACGGCCGACACCACGCCAGCUCCUCCUCCCAGGACCUGUCGGGCGCGUGGGAGCCCACGACCCUGCAGCGCAGCUCGGGACACUUCAGCUCCCUGGGCAGCGUGGACAGCCUGGACCAGCCCUCCUCGCAGCCCUAUGCCUCGGGCCGCCUGUCCUCGGCCAAGUCCAACAGCAGCAUCGACCGCCUGGGCGGCCCGAGCAAGCGCGACUCGGCCUACGGCUCCUUCUCCACCAGCUGCAGCACGCCCGACCACACCUUGCCCAAGGCCGACGCCGCCUCCACGGAGAACAUCCUCUACACCGUGGGGCUGUGGGAGGCCUCCCGGCCGGCGGGUGGCCGACAGGACCCCCCGGGCCCGGAGGAGAGGCUCGGGCCCUUGGCGCCCAGGGCGCCCCGGGAGAGCAGCAGGAGCCCCUGGCCGGAGGACGGGCCGGAGCCCAAGCUGCCCCCGGCAGGGAGGUCCAGCUUCGGGCCGGUCUGGUACGUUCCGGAUAAGAAGAAAGCCCCGGCGUCCCCGCCGCCGCCCCCGCCCCCUCUGCGCAGUGAUAGCUUCGCGGCCACCAAGAGCCACGAGAAGGCCCAGGGCCCUGCGUUUGCAGAGGCCGCCGCCGCGCAGCAGCACUUGGCGGGCCUGACGCGGGCUCAGCCCCGCGGCGACUGGAGAGCGGAGCCCGCCGAGGCCCAGCGCCGGCCGGCGGCACGCCCCGGAGACGGCAGGAGACCCGGCAGCUCGGGCUGCGCCGCCGACGCGCCGCUGGACUGCGGGUGGCUGUCCACCGGCCACGGGGCCGCCAGCCGGCUGCAGGCCUCUCUGUCCAGCACCGACGUGCGCUUCCCGCCGUCGCCCUACGGGUGCCAGCACCCGCGCCAGUACAGCGACGACAGCCCCUUCUUGCACGAGGGCCCCGGGGCCACCGCGGGGCAGGGAGGGCAGCUGCGCCGGGUCCUCGCUGGGGUUCGGCCGGAGGCUCCCGCCCAGCGCUUCCAGGACGACAACCCGUCUCAGGCCUGGUGGCCGCAUGCUGCUGACCGGAAAGGGGACAGCGGUGGGCAGAGCCAUCCCCGCUCCGGGGCUACAAGGCAGGGUCUCCUCGGGGGUCCUCAGCUAUCGCAGCUCCGGGACGGCUACUGGCGCUGCGGCUCUCCUCUGGGCGCCCCCGACGGUCCCGCCCCACACCUGGCGGGCCAGAAGCCCCGCGGUCCCUUCCCGCAGCCGGAGGAUGCUCAGGGGAGGGAGAGGGCUGACCCAGGGGCCAGAGGGGUGGGGAGCUGCCCCUCGGGAACGGAGGAGCCCCCGGGGGCCGGCCACGGCCACGGCGCCACCGUGAAGCAAGCGGCGGACGCCUUCAAGUGGGCGGACGGCGACAGCGGCAAGAUCUCGGCUCACAAGACGCCGCUGCUGCACUCGCUGGCCCAGGAGGGCAGCCGGCGGCCCGCGGAGGGCCAGGAGGGGGGCGCGGACAGGCUGCCGCCGUUCGACGCCCAGGUGGGCAAGCCCGCGCGGAGGAGCGACCGGUUCGCCACCACGCUGCGGAACGAGAUCCAGCAGCGGCGAGCCAGGCUGCAGAAGAGCAAGAGCACCGUGGCGCUGGCCGGGCCCGACCAGGCCGAGGCCGAGGCCGAGGGAGAGGCCAGCGGCGGCUGGCGCGGGGCCGCCGUGCCGGGGCCGUCUUUCCCGGGCACCUACAAGGACCACCUGAAGGAGGCGCAAGCGCGCGUCCUCAGGGCCACGUCGUUCAAGCGCCGCGACUUGGACCCCAGCCCCGCGGAGCGUUAUGCGGGGUCCCCAGAACCCAGGGCCGCGAGCCACCGCCCGGAGCCCGCCCCCGUGCCCCACGCGUGGGAGGCGGGCCCCGCCCGGCCGCCCUCCUGCGCGGGCGGCGCGCCCCAGGUGGCCCGCAUCGGGGGCCGCAGGCGGUUCACGGCGGAGCAGAAACUGAAGUCCUACUCGGAGCCGGAGAAGAUGAACGAGGUGGGGCUCUCCGGGGGUGGCCGCGCCCGCCCGCACCCGCACCCCGAGGACGCUGUGGGCACCUUCGCUGACAGGUGGAAGUUUUUUGAGGAAACCAGCAGGCCGGUGGCGCAGAGGGCCGGCCCGCGGCAGGUGCUCCCCGGGGGCCCGAAGGAGAAGCUGGACCGGCCGUGGGGCGCCAGCCACGGGGACCAGGGCCCUGAGCUCCGGCCCCAGGGGAGGGCCCACACCACUUCCUUCGGAGAAACCGCCGCUGGCGGCCCCAGGAGGGUGGGAAAGGCGGGGACGCUGGAGGAAGCACCGCAGAGGCUGGGAACCUUCGCGGAGUACCAGGCCUGCUGGAGGACGCAGCGCAGGGGCCCGGACGCCAGGGCCUCGGGGCGGUACCACUCGGCCGACGACAUCCUGGACGCGAGCCUGGGCCCACGCGAGCCGCUGCGGCACGUGCACGAGCGCUCGCGGUCGUCGCCAUCCACGGAGCUGUACAAACAGGAAGCGCCUGUGGAGCCACGGCGACAAGCAGAGGACCCUGGGGAGCACAGAGGACUGGCCUCCGCAGUCCCGGAUGAGGAGCGGUGUCCGGCCCCAAGACAAGCAGAUGCCCAGGGUCCAGAAGUCAGCCCAGCAGCACGCCGGGACGCGCGGCACCCGGCCCGGGGCUCUGAGCCGUCCCAUGCCCAGGACGCCGCGGAGGCGCCCCACGAGGGCCGCAACAGAGCGGGCACCCUCCCGUGUGACUACAGAUACUCAGAGGACCACAGCCCUGCACACCCACUGCCCCCGCCGCCACCACCACCGGGCCCAGGAUCCCAAACUCAAGGCGGCCUCUCGGCCCCGCCCACUCGAGGGCCGGACCCCCGGCCUGUGAGCGCAGCAUCCCUUGCCAAGCGGCCAGCUCCGCAGAGGCCGCCGCCACCCAAGCGCGAGCCAAGACAUUUCAGGGGACCCGCCGGUGCCAUUCCCACGGGCGCACCUGCGGCCAAUCACCUGGCCGCGCCUGGCAGGCCCCUCCCCACGCCGUCCCCUGAGGCCCUGGAGGUGUGUGCGGACCGCCUGGCCCUCCCCCGCAGCCCCGGUGCCCUGGCGGAGAAGCUGAGCGGUGCCCAGCGCGCAGACGCCGCCCCGAAGCCCGCAGCCGCGGAGCUGGACCGGCAUGUAGAGGAGCACCCAGCCUGCCCCCAGCGGGAAGCCCCGACCCCUCCCAAGGCCCGGCCCCCGCAGACGUCCAGCAUGGAGACCUCGCGCUCCCCUUCUCCUCAGUUCGCCCCCCAGAAGCUGACGGACAAACCUCCCCUGCUCAUCCAGGACGACGGGUCCACCAGGAUCGAGCGGCUGAUAGACAACACCACGGUGAAGAUGGUGCCCAUCAAGAUCGUGCACUCAGAGAGCCAGCCGGAGAAGGAGAGCCGCCAGGGCCUGGCGCGCGCCCCCGCCGAGCCACCCGCGCUGCCCAGCGGGUUGGAGCGCGACCAGAUCAAGACGCUGAGCACCUCGGAGCAGUCCUACUCACGCUUCUGCCUGUACAGCCGCCCGGGCGCCGAGCCCGAGCCCCGCGCCCCGCCGCCGCCACCCCCGCCGCCCUCAGCGCCCGGCGGCCCUGACGGCCGCGCCUCCCCGCCGGCGCUCAGCUACGUGAAGGCCAGGGAGCGCACGGCGGAGGACCUGAAGUCGGAGGAGCUGGCCCGGGAGAUUGUGGGGAAGGACAAGUCCCUGGCCGACAUCCUGGACCCCGGCGUGAAGAUGAAGACCACCAGGGACCUCAUGGAGGGCAUCUUCCCCAAGGACGAGCACCUCCUGGAGGAGGCUCAGCAACGCAGGAAGCUGCUCCCCAAAGUCCCCUCGCCCAGGACCACGGAGGAGAAGAGAGAGGAGCCCAGUGUGCCGGCGGCCGCGUUCCUGGCCACCAAUUCCACCUACUACAGCACGUCGGCCCCCAAGGCGGAGCUGCUGAUUAAGAUGAAGGAUCUGCAGGAGCAGCAGGAGCCCGAAGAGGACUCCUCGGGCAGCGACUUGGACCACGACCUGUCCGUGAAGAAGCAGGAGCUCAUCGACAGCAUCAGCCGCAAGCUGCAGGUGCUCCGGGAAGCGCGCGAGAGCCUGCUGGAGGACAUCCAGGCCAACAACGCCCUCGGGGACGAGGUGGAGGCCAUCGCCAAGGACGUCUGCAAGCCCAACGAGUUCGACAAGUUCCGGAUGUUCAUCGGGGACCUGGACAAGGUGGUGAACCUCCUGCUGUCCCUGUCGGGCCGCCUGGCCCGGGUGGAGAACGCCCUCAACAAUUUGGACGACAGUACUUCCCCUGGGGAUCGGCAAUCGCUGCUGGAGAAGCAGCGGGUCCUCGUGCAGCAGCACGAGGACGCCAAGGAGCUGAAGGAGAACCUGGACCGCCGGGAGCGCCUGGUGUUCGACAUCCUGGCCAGCUACCUGAGCGACGAGAGCCUGGCGGACUACGAGUACUUCGUGAAGAUGAAGUCGGCCCUCAUCAUCGAGCAGCGGGAGCUGGAGGACAAGAUCCACCUGGGCGAGGAGCAGCUCCGGUGCUUGGUGGACAGCCUGCAGCCCGACAGGGGCAAAUGACCGGGUCCUCGCCGGCGGGGUGUGGACACACGGGGCCUUGGUGCUGCAGUCCCCCGGGCUGCGUGCGGAAGCACGGCCUGUGUGUGUG